CCCACAGCUGAAAGUCGGCAGCAUCAUCGCCACUCCUCCCAAUAGGAAGGGCGCAUCCCGGUAGCUAGCUGGCUAGCUGUAUUCAGCAUAACGAUGGCAGUUAACCUCAGCAAAAAUGGCCCUGCAUUAACAGCUGCAUAUAAAGAAGUGGUGGAUGAAAAAUCCAAUACCAACUGGGCCUUAUUCACCUAUGAGGGAAACAGCGAUGACAUCCGACUGGCAGAAAAAGGGGAUGGAGGGCUGGAAGAGCUGGUUGAAGAGCUCAACAGUGGAAAAGUGAUGUACGCCUUCUGCCGGGUGCAGGAUCCAAAUUCCGGCCUGCCCAAAUAUGUCCUCAUCAACUGGACCGGAGAGGGAGUAAAGGAUGCCAGGAAGGGAAUAUGUGCAAAUCAUGUCAGCGCCAUGGCCAAUUUUCUUAAGGGGGCUCAUGUCACAAUAAAUGCUAGAGCAGAGGAGGAUGUGGAACCUGAGUCGAUCAUGCAAAAGGUGGCUAAAGCCUCGGGAGCCAACUACAGCUUCCACAAAGAAGUUUCCAGCCGCUUCCAGGACAGUGGUCCUCAGGGUCCCGUGGGCUCAGUGUACCAGAAAACAAACGCCAUGUCAGAAAUCAGAAAGACCAAUAAAGACAACUUCUGGGCCCAGGCAGAGAAAGAAGAGGAGAAGCGUCGGCAGGAGGAGCGGCGCAAGGCAGAGGAGGAGCGCAAGCUGCUGGAAAAAGAGAGGAAAGACAGAGAGGCCAAGGAGGCUCAAAUGAGGGAAAAAAGGGACAAGGAGAGGGCCUCUCAAAUUGACCAACAAAAGAAGUACCAGCAGCAGCACGAAGUUGAGAGUAGAGAGCAGGAAAAACAGCGUUGGGAGGAGCAGGAGGAGAACCAGGCAGCCCAGUCGAAAGCAAUCAAGAGAGGUGAAUCUGUGGAGAAGGCCAAUGAGGCUGCUUCUCUCAUCUCUCAGCGUGCUGUGAACCCCAGAGAAAUGUUCAAGCAGAGAGAGAGGGGAAUAACUCCCAGUGACUCAGAUGUGCCUCCUGCUGCUCCUGCAAGCCCUCAGCCAGGGCAUCUUCAAAGCCCUUUUCUGUCUAAGCAAGUGUAUGAAUCUGAGCGAGCCAGCUCACCUCAGCGCCAAGCUUCUCCUGUGCCUGCAAGCUCCGCCUCUCCUGUCCGUGCCACAGAGCCUGAUGUGGCUGAUGGGCAGUCCCGGUGUGAGUAUGAUGAGCAGGACGCGGCCCCUCAGGAGCAGAAAGAACAAGUACCAGCUGCCAACUCGUGUGUUCAAGAGCCACAUUAUGAAGAGCCUCCUCAGGUGGAGGAGACUAACUCCUGUGAGGUGGCUGCCGAGGACACAUCAGACAGAGGCAUCUGUGCCAGAGCGUUAUAUGACUACCAAGCUGCUGAUGACACGGAGAUCUCUUUCGACCCGGACGAAAUCAUCACCGGGAUCGAGAUGAUAGACGAGGGCUGGUGGCGAGGCUACGGCCCAGAUGGCCAUUUUGGAAUGUUCCCAGCCAAUUACGUGGAACUCAUCUAGCCCAGCACGCCGCUUUCCCCGCAGAUCAUUGGACCUCUGCAGUAAAAAAAAAAAAAAAAUCGACACGCAGCAACGUCAGUCCUCACACAC